CUCCGAGUUCGAGUAAGUUUUGGAGUAGUUGCGUUUCCUUUGCUUCCUUCCACUGACUCGAAGGAGAGGGAGGGAUUUGGUGGCGAUGGGGAGCGGCGCCUCCCGUCACCGUCUUCUUCACUGCCUCCGCCCCGCCGGCGACGGAGUUGAAUCCGGUGAGGUCGACGGAGGCCAUCCGAUCUAUGAUCUGGGCCCGCUGGACGAGGCCUUGGGCCACUCCUUCUGCUAUGUCCGGUCUUCCUCCCCUGUCCACUCCCGAUCCUCCUCGCUUCUGUCUGCCGGAGACGAAGAUAGAGGUGGAGGUGCAGCGGGAGGCGGGGAGAUCGCUUUCAAGACCAUCUCCGGUGCGUCCGUCUCCGCCAACUCUUCCGCCCCUCUUCCCCUGUACGAUCUCGCUGGCCGCCCUAACUUGGCUGGCUUUCGGAGCUCCUCUUCUUUCUCGGCCAUUCCGCUCCAGCUCUGCGCAGCUGCGGUGGCCUCGGGGCCGCUCGAUCGCGGGUUUUUCCUCUCCGGCCCGAUCGAGCGAGGGGCGCUCUCCGGACCCCUUGAGCCUGUCCCCUUCUCUGGUCCUCUCGUGAAGAAGAAGAAGCGUCGUGGUAUCUCCAGUAGGUUUCGGAAGCCGAUGCUUCUCCGGAGAAGCAUCUCCGAGAAGAAUCGUCCAUGGGUAUUUCCUCUCCGGAGCUUCCUCGCUCGGCAAGGCGACCAGGAAGUCGAUCCCUCUGUGUCCGUUGCCGAGGAGAACGUGCAGUGGGCUCACGGAAAAGCUGGAGAGGACCGGGUCCACGUGGUAGUCUCCGAGGAGCAGCGGUGGCUCUUCGUUGGGAUCUAUGAUGGGUUCAAUGGGCCAGAAGCCCCAGAAUUCCUCGUCGGAAAUCUUUACCCUGCGGUGUUGAGCGAGCUCCGUGACCUUUUUUGGGAGGAAGUUGAAGAAGACGCGCCCGGGGAAGCAGAUUUAGAUGAAGGGAGCGAGAAAAGAGUCGCCUUUCAAGAGGAUUCCAAGGUUGGAAAGCGGCUCUGGGAGUUGCUCGCCGAGGGAGACGGAGACGGUGAACUUGACAUCUCCGCGGGGUCUGGCGGGUUUGCCUUCACAUUAUCGAAGAUGAGGUAUGGGAUUGGGAGCUGGCGGAAGGAUGGCCGGAAAAUGUGGCUUCCCAAGUGGAUAUACGAUUCCGAUGAAAAGGUCAAAGAGAUCAAGCAAGUCGCCGUGAACAGUAGACACAGGAAGAGGAAGAAUGGUCCUGUGCCUGAUCAUGGAUUGGUUUUGGCAGCGCUUGCACGGGCGUUGGAGACUACGGAGCAUGAAUACUUGGAGAUGGCGGAUAAGGUGAUGGAUUGCAACCCUGAGCUAGCCCUGAUGGGAUCCUGCCUGCUGGUUGUGUUGAUGAGGGAUGAAGAUGUUUAUGUGAUGAAUGUAGGAGACAGCCGAGCAAUUGUGGCACAGAAUAGAACAAAAAGAAACCCCGAUGACAGGCUCGGGGGACGCGUAGAGACUCUGGAAAUCGAGAGAUCCAAUCAAGAAUUGGAACUUGGAGCAUUGCAGCUAUCAACUGAUCACAGCACGAGCAUCGAAGAAGAAGUACUUAGAAUAAGACAAGAACACCCAGAUGACAAUAAAUGCAUAGUAAAUGACAGAGUAAAGGGUAAACUGAAAGUCACAAGAGCUUUUGGGGCUGGUUAUCUCAAGCAGCCCAAGUGGAAUGAUGCAUUGUUGGAAAUGUUCCGGAAUGACUAUGUAGGAACUGUUGGAGUGUAUACUGAGAGCCUAAGCUUUGUGAACAUUCAUUAUGAAUAAAGAAUCACAUUUGGUCUAAUUA